AUGAUCCGCCUACUUCCGACGCUCGCCCUGCUCGCGCAGCGCGUGCGCGCCAACGGCUGCCACGACGCGGCCGGGAAGGUCAUCACUGGCCUCGCCCAGCCGGAAGAGUCCUUCUGCACGGCCGGCGCGCUCGGAGAGGAGACGCCGACGAUCGAGCUCUUCCGGCAUAAGGACCCAAAGACUCGCGGCGAGGCGCCGUACCCGUUUCCGCCCGAUCGCAAGUACAACACGAGCGGCGGCCCGGUCAGCGGCAAGAUCAACGUCCACCUGGUGCCUCACACGCACGACGACACCGGCUGGCAGGUCACCGUCGACCAAUACUUUGCGAGCGAAGUCUUCUACGUCAUCGACACGGUCAUCACGACGCUCGCGGCGGACCCGAACCGGAAGUUCAUUUACGUCGAGACGGCCUUCUUCGCGCGCUGGUGGGAGCAGGCGCCCGACGAGAAGCGGGCGACGGCGACGAGGCUCGUCCAGCGGCGGCAGCUCGAGUUCAUCAACGGCGGCUGGUGCAUGCACGACGAGGCGAGUCCGCUCUGGACGGCGAUGGUGGACCAGACGACGCGCGGGCACCAGUUCAUCUUCAAGCACUUUGGCCCCGAGGCGGCGCCCAAGGGCACGUGGCAGAUCGACCCGUUCGGGCACAGCAACACGCAGGCGUGGCUGCUCUCUGCAGAGGCGGGCAUGGAGAGCCUCUUUUGGGGGAGGAUGGACUGGCAGGACCGCACGAUGCGGUACGAGCGCAAGCAGGGCACCAACGGGUUCGAGUGGGUGUGGCAGGGCAGCAGGUCGCUCGGCAGCUCGGCGCAGACCUUCGCGGGCAACCUCUUUGGGCGCGGCGCCGGCGGCUACUCCUCAUGGUUUAGCUUCGAGGGGUCGGGCGCGCAGGUCAACGACGACCCCGCCCUCUUCGACUACAACAUCGACCAGUGGGUGGACAAGUUUGUGCAGAACGCGCGCGAGCAGGCGAGCCACACCCAGGACGCCGAGCACCAGAUCUGGGCGCUCGGCUCGGACUUCCAGUACCAGAACGCCGACCAGCCUAGAAGCGGAAUACGUUGGUACCGCAACCUCGACAAGCUCAUCCACUAUGUCAACCUCAACGGCAGCGUCAACGCCUUCUACUCGACGCCCUCCCUCUACGUCGACCAGAAGAAGCGGUGGAACGGCACCUACGAGCUGCGCACCGACGACAUCUUCCCGCUCGCCGACGACUCCCACAACUAUUGGUCCGGAUACUUCACGUCGCGGCCGGCGCUGAAGCGGCAGGUGCGCUUCGCGACGGGCGUGCUGGCAAGCGCGCGUCAGCUCGAGGUGGUCACCCAGACGACGGCCAAGGAGGUGGACCGGCCCUCGGCCAAGCACGCGCCGGUCGUGGGGAGCUCGUGGACCGACAGCUUCGAAGGCACCGUCGGCGUCGCGACGCACCACGACGGCAUGUCGGGCACCGAGCGGCAGGACGUGACGGACGACUACGCGAUGCGCAUCUCGAGCAGCCAGAAGGAGGUGGAGGCGGGCAUCGGCCUCGCGGUGUCCAAGUUGCUCAAGCUCGAGCGAGGCGCGGUGAGCCACUGCCACUGCCACGCCGCCGACGAUUGCCUCAACAUCUCUGUCUGCGCCGCCACCACCGGCAAAGACGCCUUCACGAUCGCUGCGUGGAACCCGCUGGCGCACUCGGUCUCGGAGGUGGCUCGCAUCCCGGUCAGCGGCGGCCGCUGGUCAGUCACCGACGGCGUUGGAAGGGCGGUUCCCAGCCAGGUCGUGCCGCUCGACGAGCGAACGAAGGGCCUGCCGCUGCUCUACCUCAACUCGUUUGGCAUGAGCACACGCCAGGUGGCCGAGGCGAAGGCGAGGCUGGAGAACAAGGCAGACCACGUCCUCAUGGUCGCCCUCGAGUCGCUCCCGCCCGUCGGGCUGGCCACGUUCCACGCGGCGGCGGACGCGGAGAGCACGGUUGCGCGUGCCGCGCCGUCGCCGGUCGACGCGCCAGCCUUCGCAGAGGCCGCCGACACGGUCGUGGAGUCGGACGUGUUUUCGCUCACCUUUGACGGCGCGAGCGGCCUGCUCAAGUCGCUGACCAACAAGCGGUCGGGCGCCACGACCGCGCUCGCCAUCAGCUGGGGGUGGUACAACUCGUCCGUUGGCGGUUGCACCGAGUACGGCCCCGAAGUGCCCCCCUCGGCGCGGCUGCCUCCGUGCUCGGACCAGCAGUCGGGCGCAUACAUUUUUCGGCCAAACUCGUCAACACCCUUCUUCCCCGGCCCGGCGCGCAAGCCGGCUAUGCGGGUGAGCCGGGGCCCCCUCGUGACCGAGGUGGCACAGACCUUCUCGCCGUGGGCCUCGCACGUGAUUCGGCUCUUCCGGAAUGCGAGCUUCGUCGAGGUCGAGUGGACCGCGGGCCCUAUCCCCGUCGAUACGCCGUGGCUGCCGCCGGUGGCGCGUCACAGCGACGGGCGGCCGAUGCCGAACAACUGGGGCAAGGAGGUGAUCGUGAGGUACACGUCCGGGCUCGAGGCGGGCCGCACGUGGUACACCGACUCGAACGGCAAGGAGAUGGUCAAGCGCGUGUAC